GAGGUGCCGGCGCUGGCGGAGCCCGACCGCGGCGGCCCCAGGGAGGAAGACGAGCCCACGCUGGCGCUCGGCCCGCAGGUAGGAGCAAGCGAAGCGAUUCCGGCUACUAGGGGCGCUUUCGCAUCCCCGGAGUGGGGUUGGGGCCAGGGCGGGGUUGCGAAUGGACCAUCCUUCCCGGGCUGGGGCUGGAGCCUACCCCCAGGUCCGAGGCGGAGGCUUUCUUCUCCAAGGCGUGAGUGGAGGCUGGACCCCACUUCAAAGCCAAGGCACAGCCCAUACUUCCGAGACCAGACUGAAGCUGCCACCCUCUCGCCUUGCCGCCUCCGGGUUGGAGCAGAGGCUAAACGUUCUGGUCAUACACCCACACUGGGGAUGGCUCUGAUCCUGGGGCCACGACUCAGCUCUCUGCCCUUCACCUCCCUCUGGGCCCACCUGCUCCCCCACCGACAGGCCUUGGGAGGGGCAUUUCUGGGCGAUGGGCCCUGGAAGGCUGACUGCAGCCUCUUCUCCCUCCUUGGGAGCGGCUCCACCCGUUCUCCUGCACUGCCUGCAGCCACUGCCCCCUCAGCAGCUGUGCCCCCAGCAUGUCUCCUGGGGCCUCCCUCCUCUCCCUGCCCAGCCGAGCAGCUGGAGCAGACAGACAGCCUGACUAUCCAGAAGCCUAUUUGGUGGGGCUCCCGCACUGAGUUGAAACCUAGCAAAACCUUUGUUUUCUCCCUUCCAUUACCCUCGCCCACCCUGACUCUCAGGUCCCUGGGCUUGGUGAAUCCUUGAGCAGUAGGAGUAUUCCCCAAAGCUUCCAGCUUGUCACCUGGAAGAAGGUCACUUUUUCUUUUGAGCAAAGGAGAUAAUGGGAGGCACCCUGCCAGUGUUCACCGAGACGCGGGGGAGGCAUGGGCCACAGUUGCUCUGGGAGGGUUGUGACGCCCCGGGAUGGGUGGCUUGCCCUAAGCUUGCUCUGACAAAAGAGUUUUGAGUUGGUCUUUUGGCUGAGCCUGCCAAGAAAGGCAGGCUCCUGCAGGAGACUUGGAGGGUCGGAUACAGCGCCGGAUGAGGAUGAGGCGUGGCAGAAGAUGCGUUUGGCUCUGCAGACACUGCAUCGGGCAGCAGGGGACUCUGGGAGGCUGGUGCAGCCAGAAGGCAUGGCUCUUGACAGCUUUCUAUUAGAAUCUCUGGAAUUGUGCAUCCUAACAAAUCGUCAGAAUCCCCUGGACUUGGCAGACCCUGUUCCUGACCAACAGAACAGCAACUCCAGGACUAGAACCCAGGAAUCAAUUGUUGAAUUGCCUCAGGGCAGAAGAGGAAAGAAACUAACGGGUAUUGAGCACCUACUGUGUGCCAGACCCAGGCCAGGUUCCCCCCACCUUCAGCCAGUCUGUGCAGACUUGCUGCCUACUGUGUCACCGGGAACGCAAAGGCUGGGAAGAAGGCCCUUCUCAAAAUGGACUGGUGUUGCAGGGUGAGAAGCUGCCCCCAGACUUCAUGCCAAAGCUCGUCAAGAACCUCCUAGGCGAGAUGCCUCUGUGGGUUUGCCAGAGUUGCCGAAAGAGCAUGGAGGAAGAUGAAAGGCAGACAGGUCGAGAACACGCAGUCGCGAUCUCCUUGUCACACGCAUCCUGCAAAUCACAGUCUUGUGGGGGUGACUCUCAUUCUUCUUCGUCCUCUUCUUCAUCAUCCUCGUCCUCGUCCUCGUCCUGCCACGGGAACUCAGGCGACUGGGAUCCCAGCUCAUUCCUGUCAGCACAUAAGCUCUCGGGCCUCUGGAACUCUCCACACUCCAGUGGGGCCAUGCCAGGCAGCUCUCUCGGGAGUCCUCCUGCCAUACCUGGUGAGACUUUCCCCAUCUCGGAGCACCACCGGCACUCAGACCUCACUGUCCCUCCUAACAGCCCCACUGGCCACCACCCCCAGCCAGCGUCUCUGAUCCCAUCUCACCCUGGAUCCUUUGGCUCACCCCCCCACCCCCACCUGCUGCCCACUACCCCGGCAGCGCCUUUCCCUGCCCAAGCUUCCGAGUGCCCUGUCGCCACUGCUGCUGCCCCCCAUACCCCAGGGGCAUGUCAGAGCCCCCACCUGCCCUCUACCAGCAUGCCGCUCCUAAAGAUGCCUCCAGCAUUCCCGGGGUGCGGCCACCCCUGUAGUGGGCACUGCAGUGGGCACUGCAGCGGGCACUGCAGCGGGCCUCUCCUCCCACCACCAAGUUCUCAGCAACUCCCCAGCACUCAUAGCAGGGACUCCGGGUACAAGGGGCACAAGUUUACACACAGUGGCCUGGCAUGCCAGCUACCCCAGCCCUGUGAGGCAGAUGAAGGGCUGGGCGAGGAAGAGGAUAGCAGCUCGGAGCGCAGCUCCUGCACCUCGUCCUCCACCCACCAGAGAGAUGGAAAGUUCUGUGACUGCUGCUACUGUGAGUUCUUCGGCCACAAUGCGCCACCCGCUGCCCCGACGAGUCGGAAUUAUACCGAGAUCCGGGAGAAGCUCCGCUCGAGGCUGACCAGGCGGAAAGAGGAGCUGCCCGUGAAGGGGGGAGCCCUGGGCGGGAUCCCUGGGGAGCCCACCGUGGACCACCGAGAUGUGGAUGAGCUGCUGGAAUUCAUCAACAGCACGGAGCCCAAAGUCCCCAACAGCGCCAGGGCCGCCAAGCGGGCCCGGCACAAGCUGAAAAAGAAGGAAAAGGAGAAGGCCCAGUUGGCAGUAGAAGCCCGGAAGCAGACUCAUCGUAGUGUUUCUGGAAGCCGGGAGCCGAGGCCUGCCAGGGAGAGGCUCUUGGAGUGGCCUGACCGGGAGCUGGAUCGGGUCAACAGCUUCCUGAGCAGCCGCCUGCAGGAGAUCAAGAACACUGUCAAGGACUCCAUCCGGGCUAGCUUCAGUGUGUGUGAGCUCAGCGUGGACAGCAAUGGCUAUGCGAAGGAUGGAGCUGCUGAGCCUGAGCCCCAGAGUUGGCCCCCCUCAAACUUCAGUGGCUCCUCAGAGCAACGGCCUGACAUCAACCUUGACCUGUCCCCUUUGACUUUGGGCUCCCCCCAGAACCACACGUUACAAGCUCCAGCUGAGCCGGCCCCACCAUGGGCAGAAAUGAGAGGCCCCCACCCAUGGACAGAGGUGAGGGGCCCCCCUCCCGGUAUAGUACCAGAGAACGGCCUAGUGAGAAGGCUCAACACUGUGCCCAACCUGUCCCGCGUGAUCUGGGUCAAGACACCCAAGCCAGGCAACCCCAGCUCUGAGGACCCAAGCCCAAAGGAGGUCCUCGGUUGCAAGCAGGAGCUGCCUGAGCCUGUGGCCUCAGGUGGGAAGCCGCGGAAGGGCAAGAGACAGGGCAGUCAGGCCAAGAAGAGCGAGGCAAGCCCAUGCCCCCGGCCCCCAGCCACCCUGGAGGCUCCUAGUGCCAAGGGCCACACCCCUGGCUCCAAGCUGCCAGGCAAAGCCCCAGAGCCUCCCAAAAUGGGCAGCUGUGUUGAGGCUGGAGAGGGGAGCCGGGAAAGCCGACCAGGACCAGGCUGGGCUGGCAACCCCAAAGCCGAGAAGGAGAAGGGCAGCUCCUGGCGAAACUGGUCAGGCGAGGCCAAGUCUCGGCCCCCAGAGCAGGAGUCUGUGCAGCCCCCAGGCCCAGCAAGGCCACAGAGCUUGCCACAGGGCAAGGGCCGCAGCCGCCGGAGUCGCAACAAGCAGGAGAAGUCGGCCUCCUCCUUGGACGAUGUGUUCCUGCCCAAGGAUAUGGAUGGGGUGGAGAUGGAUGAGACGGACCGGGAAGUGGAGUACUUCAAGAGAUUCUGUUUGGAUUCUGCAAAACAAACACGUCAGAAAGUUGCUGUGAACUGGACCAACUUUAGCCUCAAGAAAACCACUCCCAGCACAGCUCAGUGAGCCCCUGCCAGGUCAAGCUCCUUCAGGGUGUCCUGAAACCCUGACUGCCAGCUAAAGGUCUACGGUUUCUCCCCCCACAUUCCGUGUCCACCUGCCCAAGACUUCCCUGCUCCCCGCCAUCCUGGACCAACCAAAAGCUGAAUGGAUGCUGGACUGUGCUGGAGUCUCUCCAGGCCUCCGCAAAGCCGCUUCCUGGUGCUACGCAGCCUCCACACUCAGAGCCUAGGACCGGGCUGGCCUGUGGGCCAGGGGCUGAUGGUACUGCUGGCCCAACACUGCUCUCUGUGUUUGGUUUUUUGUUUUUGUUUUUUCAAUUCUUUACUUUUGAUACUGUGAAGAUCUUUCAUGCUGAAAGAUAAAGCAACAUUUGGACACAGAGUUAGUGUGUUUGGUGAUUUGCUGGUCUGAGUGGGGAGUGAGGGGUGUACAUAGAAGCAUGGGAUCUGCCAUUAGUCACUAACCCUUCUGAGCAUGUCUACACAUCUGGAGUUAGGCAUAAUUCCACUCAAGCCUUGCAGCAAUCUUAGUGGUACUGUUUGACCCCAGUUUACAGAUGAGGAAAGGAAAGUGAUUUGACUGAGCUGAGUCUGGCCCACUAGGGUUAGGACACAGGCCCAUAUGACUCCAGCAUCCCUGCCCUUUCCUCCUGUGGGGAGGAUUCUGGUCUGUGAACUUGGUGUAGUCCCUUCACCACUCUGUGCCUCAGUUUUCCCCUCUGCAAAAUGGGUGAGUCAGAGGGGUUGGACUUGAUACCUGGGAAAGGCCUUCCAAGGCCUUACGGCCUGUGUACCUGCAGCCGGGGCUGUUGAGGUUCUUCACGUGGAAUUAACGAAGUCAGGGAGUCGGAGAUAAAUUGUUUAUAAAUCAGAUCUGACUUCCUCAUGGAAAUGGGACACAAGCCUAAGUGCUUGAGUUGAGAGGAUAAUGAAUCCUGCGGUAAAGUAAACUACCUCAUCCUGCCCAAAUUGAUCUGGUUUGUCCAUUCAGAUUUUUAAUAUAAUGGGUUUGCUAAAAAUGCCUCACAUACACUUGUCCCCAGUGUAGUUUUCUCUACUAAAACCAACUCUUCAACUUGAGCUUAUGUGGGAGGUGUCCUGUGGGGGCAGUGGCCACACAGUCACUAAGAGCCCUUUAUGGAGUGUUGUGAGCAGAUCAGGAGCCACUUCCUCCGUCCUUUCCCUCUUCCCCUUCACCCCCAGUGAGCCCCACCUGGGGGCACUAUGGGGCUGGCAGUGAGUGCCAGCUUCCUCUUUGAAAGACAUGAAGCCAGGGCUUUGAACCAGUUCGUUCCAGUUAGAACCCCUGCUGAGAAUUUGCCUUUCCAUCCCCAGAUAUACUGGAUCUGAAUCUGUUUUAACAAGAUUUCCAGGUGAUUCUUAUGUAUGAUAAAUUUUGAGAUCCACUGCUCUCCUAGUGGUUUUCAGAAUUUGUCCCUAACCAGCAGUAUUAGCAUCACCUGGGAACUUGUUAGAAAUGCAAGUUCUCUGAAUGAGAAACUAAUUUGUGUUGUAAACUUUCACCUAAAAAAAUAAAAGAUUACAGCCAAAAAAAACCUAUGGGGCAGUGCUACUCUGUCCCGUAGGGUCACUAUGAGUCAGAAUCCAUUCAAUGGCAAACAACAAUGACGAUGAUUGUUUUUAUUAUGAUUAUUAUAAUUAAAGCUUCCUCUUAUCGUGUACUGUCCGAUAUGGCAGCCACUGGUCACAUGUGGCUACUGAGCACUUGAAAUGUGACUGGUUCAAAUUGAGAUGUGCUGUAAGUGUAAAAUACACAUGGAUUUCAACGAUUUAGUACAUCCCUAAAAAAAGAAUGUAACUAUUAAUAAUAAAAUAUUGACUACAUGUUUAAAUUAUAUUUUGGAUAUACUGGGUUGAAUAGAACAUUAAAAUAAAAAAUAAUGCAGAUUCUCAGCAGGGGUUCAAACCAAAGUCCUGCAUGAAACAGAGCAUUAACCACAGGCUUACAAUCCCUGGUCCCUGGCCUUUCCCAAUCCUCAAGGAAGUGUGAACACUUCCUUGUGAAACCUUUCUCUCAUUUUAGCUGUGGCCCUCUCUCCUUUCAGCUCUUGUACCAGGCUCCUGCCCUGCUGUUGCACUGGCACAGCUACCUAAAAGUCUGUUUCAUUCUGAAGUUGCAAGUCUGAUGAAGCAGCCUCUUCACCUACAGAGAAAGCCUUGUGUGAGUGGCAUUCAGGGCCCUUCGUGCCUGGCCCCUGCUGGACAACCUCAGCUCCCUAGUUAGGCCCAGCACCCUCAAGUCCCUGCUUCCCAGAUUACCCUUCCUUCAUUCCUGCUUAUCCUGCACGUCCCAGCUGAGAGCCUACUUUUGCUAUGAAUACCUGGAGAAUUGGUUUGCCCUGCCUUGGUGAUACUAUAGUGAUACUUUGUGUUAUGAUAGUUCUCCUUAAUUUCAUGGUUUGUGUCUUGUUCAUCUUUGAUGUGCUUCAGCAUUGUGCGGGAUGUCCAGCACACAGUAGGUUCUUAUUAAAUAUAUGAGUGAAGGAAUUCCUCUAAAAAUCCCCUUCCUGCUGUGGGCCCAAUUUACUUUUCCAGCCUUAUCUCCGACUACAC